AUGAUUCUGAUUAUUUCAUAUAUUGGUGCAAAUGAAAUCGGAAUUGCGAUUGCGGUUCCUCCAUGUGAUGGUAAAGCAAACGAAACUUUACUUCACGCGAUGAUGAAUAUUUUAAAACUGCGUCGAAAUGAAAUAGCUUUCGAGACGGGUGUUCGAUCAAGAUCCAAAAUCCUGCGUGUUACUAGUAAACGUUUAACAAUGGAAGAAAUACGCGAAAAAUUGGAAAAGAAUGUCUCCAGUAAAUGA